AUGCACGGGAGAAGAUUGGAGUGUCGCAGCGAUAGCUUGAGCGGACGAGAACGGGACGACGGCGAGGAGGAGCUUCAACAUGCGGCAGCUACCGGUGGGGGCGUCGAAGAACCGCAGCUGCUGGUCGACAUUGAAUGGAGAAGAAGAAGAAGAAGAUUGAGGAAGUACAGGGUUUCUAAAGGAGUGAGAGAACUUCCUGGAAACUUCCAAUCUGCCACUAGCAAUGUUCCCUCAGGAAAAACCCUUAUGUAUUUUGGUUUGUUUCUAGCAACUGGGGUUUUCUUUAUUUUCAUUGCAUUUACAAUGUUCCUUCCUGUCAUGGUUCUGAUGCCUCAAAAGUUUGCCAUCUGCUUUACGCUUGGAUGUUGCUUCAUCAUUGGAUCCUUUUUUGCUCUCAAGGGUCCAAAGAAUCAGCUUGCACAUAUGUUCUCAAAAGAGAGACUUCCUUUUACAGUGAUCUUUAUUGGUAGUAUGUUGGGCACCUUAUAUGUUUCCAUGGGCCUCCACAGCUAUAUUCUGUCAGUUUUCUUCUCUGUAUUACAGGUAUUUAAACAAAAUACCUUAUCUUUCUUCAUUAUUGUGCAAACUUUUAUUCCCAUCAUCCAGUUAGUAUCUCUCUACUUUAGAUUAGUGAUGUAA